AUGUCCCAAGACCAGAAGUCACUCAUUAACCCAAAUUCUCAAGGAGCUAGCGUACGCUUGGAUCGGCUCGAGGAGGUAUUAAUGCGCCUGAAAACCCAGCUUACUGCAGUUACCACUAACGGCCGGCGGCGAACACCAAACCGUCGCCCUACUUCCUCCGAUUCCCACACCCGCCGUCCACAAUCUCCAAGUUGCGUUUGCUGGUAUCACCAAAAAAUUGGUGGAGCAGCUCGGCGAUGUCUUCAGCCAUGCUCUUUCAAGGCAUCUCUAACGGCCUCAGGGAGACAAUCCCACCCGACAGUAGAGUCCACUGCUGCUGGAAGCCUUGCCAUUCUCCACACUCGCCGUUUGUUUCUCUGGGACCGUAUCGCUGGCGCCAAAUUCCUUGUCGACUCUGGUGCCGAGGUUAGCGUGGUUCCACCAACGCCGGCCGAACGUAAAACCCGCAGCUCUUUUUGUCUAACAGCUGCCAACAACUCCAGCAUCCCCACCUUUGGACAGCGCUCCAUCACACUUGAUUUGGGCCUUCGUCGAAUUUUCCGAUGGGUUUUCAUUAUUGCCGACGUCUCCGUCGCCCUCAUAGGUGCCGAUUUCCUCGCUCAAUUCAAUCUACUAGUCGAUUUGAAGAAUCGCCGACUCGUCGACUGCAUCACCGACCUUCAUGCCCGUUGUCAAUACGAUGUGAACCCCUGCGUCAACCCUCUCACUGUUAUGCCCAUCUCUGACUGUCCUUUCCACUCACUGCUCAGGCACCCACCACAUUUACACCACCGUACCUCCCAAAUCUUGCCGACCACGCCGUCUUGCUCCAGACCGUUUGAAGAUUGCCAAGGAAGAGUUCGAACACAUGCUUGAGCUUGGCAUCAUCCGACAGUCCGACAGCUGUUGGGCAUCACUCCUCCAUCUUGUCCCAAAGAAGAGCGGCGACUGGCGACCGUGUGGCGACUAUCGGGCGUUGAACUCUGUGACUGUCCCCGACCAGUAUCCCGUCCCGCACAUCCAAGAAUUCACUCUUUCGCUGCACGGUAAGCGAAUAUUCUCCAAGAUUGACCUUGUGCGUGCCUACCACCAAAUUGCAAUCGAGGCCAGUGAUGUGCCGAAAACUGCAGUGACCACUCCCUUGGGGUUAUUCGAAUUCACUCGUAUGCCCUUUGGACUGAGGAAUGCCACUCAAACCUUUCAGCGAUUCAUUGAUCAGGUUCUGCGAGGUCUCGACUUCGUCUACGCCUACAUUGAUGAUUUGUUGGCGGCUAGCUCUGACGCUGCUCAACACGAGGUUCAUCUUCGACAACUCUUCGAACGGCUCGACUCCUUCGGCGUUGUAAUUAAUGCUGCUAAAUGCGAGUUUUGA